UUGCCUUCUCCCCUCCCCCAUCCCUUAGGGCCCCCUUUGAUCCCCCCCCCGCUGUCUGGGACCCUCCAGGGCCUUCAGAGGGCGCCUCCUUCCCCCAAAAUAGAAUUGCUUCCCCCCAAUAAAAUUGGCUUCCUUCCUCUAAUAAAAUUAGCCCCCAUCUCCUCUCAGAAGCUCUUCUCCCCCCCCAAACUGUCAGGUGUGCCCCAACAUCACCCCCAAUUCCUAACCCUCUGUCCCCCUCCACAUUCCCUCUCUUUCCAUUCCCUUUUGGGGGGGCUGAUGUUGGAGGGGGCCCUGCAUUGACCCCCCCAAUUGCAUGGGGGUGUUUGCGCUGCCUCUUCAAGACCUUGGGCAGCUGGGGGGCUCUGGGGUCCAGUCUUUGUCUUUCUGAGCUGGUCCAGCUUUUGGAUCGCCCUUGUCCGGUCUUUGUCCCUAUUAGCUGGUUCGGUCUUUGGGUCUCCCUGGUCUUGUCUGUAUCCCUCUGAACUGGUUUGGCCUUUGGCUCUGCCUGGGUUCUGCACCCAGAUCCAGUCUUCACCCCUCGCAGCUGAGUCUCCUUAAGGCCUGAUCCUCUUCCAUAUUUCUUCUGCACGACCCUGUUUGCAGUUGCCCUCCGACCCUGGAAGCAGGGGGCCCUGCUGCCUUUGGAAGCCACAGCCAGCAGUAUGGUAGAGAAGCGGUGCCCACGGCUGCAGAGAGAAAGUGUGUACCGCUGGUUCUCCGAGCUGCCCUCUCCUCAACGGGUGGAGUUCCUCUGCGGCCUGCUAGACCUCUGCAUCCCCCUCGAGUUGCGCUUCCUGGGCGCCUGCCUAGAAGACCUGGCUCGCAAGGACUACCACUCGCUGCGAGAUUCGGAAAUCAAGGCAAACAACCCUGCCGACCUGGGCAGCCUCACUAACCUGACGGAUGAGGUGGUGCGCAGCAAGCUGUUAGUCUCACUGGCUCUCUUGGGGUCAUCCCACCGGGAGGCGGCGGGGGUCCUCUUCCGGACUCUCACCCACAUUGACUCUGUUAUCCACAACUACGGACUGCAGCUCAAUGAGGGACGGACGGGGGAUGAAUUUUUGCUGCUCUUCACCAUGGCCUCCAAUCAUCCUGCCUUUAGCUUCCACCAAAAACAGGUGUUGAGACAGGAACUCACCAAGAUUCACAACAUCAUUGCUAGUACCAGCAAAACCCACAGCACUUCUGUGACUAACCCCAUGGGAACAUGUCCUGGUUGCCACAAGGUCACUCCACGAUCUGAGACCCCCAUAAACAGUGUUGGUAACAGUUUAGAAAAUGCACUACAUACAUCAGCACAUUCCAUUGAGGAGUCACUACCGAAGAGGCCUUCAGGGAAACACUCUAAAGUGAGUGUUGAAAAAGUGGAACUAAAGGGAUUGUUGCACAAGAAUGAUAGGAACGUGGAAUAUUCCUUUGAGGUCUUCUGGUCUGAUUCUUCGGGGACAUUGGUAACCAAGUCUUCUGCAGAAGUGACUGAAUUUGUUUCAAAGUUAUGUCAGCUGUACCCAGAAGAAAAUUUGGAGAAAUUCAUUCCUUGCCUUGCUGGUCCUGAUUCAUUUUACUUGGAAAGAAACCACAUGGACCUAGAAUCGGACCUGAGGUAUCUGGCAUCAUUACCUUCCCAUGUCUGGAAAAAUGAUCAUGUCAAGAAAUUUUUCAGCUCUUCAUCUCACACCCAGCAGCUUCAGAGUUCAAGUCCUGGCAGCACUUCCCUUUAUAAAGCAAGUGCGACGUUGGGUGCUUCUGGAAGACCUGUAUGUGGCGUGGCUGGUAUCCAGUCUUCGCCCAACAACCUCCAGCAUCAUGUCCAGCAUUCGAAUGCUGCCCCAGUGGCACUCCCCCACUGCUCGCAUUCAGCUGGGACGGGGUCCUCCCUCACCUGCCGCUCCCAGCUGGAGAGCUCUUCGGCGAUGUUAGUGGCUCCCAGUCCCCAGAUGCCCCAGGCCCAGGAGAAGAACGGGAUCUUGGAGUGGUUGCGGAAGCUGCGCUUGCACAAAUACUACCCAGUUUUCAAACAGCUCACAAUGGAGAAGUUCCUGAGCCUUACUGAGGAGGACCUGAAUAAAUUUGAAUCCCUCACCAUGGGCGCCAAGAAGAAGUUAAAGACCCAGCUGGAGUUGGAAAAGGAGAAGUCUGAGAAAAGGACCCUGAAUUCAGCCGUAUCCCCUUCUGUGAGCACCAGUGGGGUGGCCCGAGUUCCUCCGACUACUCACAUUGGACCGAUUCAGAGCAUUCGCGGUAACCAUGCAGCAGAGCUGCACAUAGAUGUGGAUCAGCCAGCCACCACACUCCCCCGCGAAGGAAGCUCUUCAGAAUACUCCAGUUCCUCCUCUAGUCCCAUGGGAAUCCAGACCCGAGAGGAGAGUUCGGACAGUGCUGAGGAGAACGAGAGACGUUUAGAGAUCCACUUGGAAGCCUCAGAGAAGGAGAAGCCAGUAAUGAUCUUGAAUCACUUCAGUUCAAGCUCAGCCAGGCCUACUGCCCAGGUCCUACCCGUGCAGAAUGAUGCGGGGUCCAGUCCGUCCGCUCACCACACCUUGCCAGUGCAGAUGAUGGCUACAGGCUCCCCUCACAUGACCCCAAUUAGGAUCCUAAAUUCGUUGCACAAACCUGAACGAGGAAAUGCAGACAUGAAGCUCCUUUCAGCCUCUAUGCACUCGCUUUUGUCUUUGGAAGACAGGACGAAAUUCUCACCUGGACCUCCUCGAAGCAGCAUCAAGAUGGAGAAGAGCUUUGGAAAUACAAUCAUAGAUGGGAUGCCAGUGCCUUCCCAUCAGCCCCUCCAAGUGCCCUCAGGAGUUCCUGAAAACGGCUCAUCGGCCCCUUCCAUCACCUUUGGCCCGCGAACUAAAGUGGUUCAUGCUUCCACCCUUGACAGAGUGGGGAAAACAACCCAUCAGCCGGGAAUCAUCGUGGAAACGAGCGCCACGGCCACAUCCAGCACAGUCUUCCACGUAGCGCGACCACCUAUCAAGCUCCUGGUCUCCUCUUCAGUUCCGACUGAGUCAACGAUUGCGGGGCAGAUUUCCUGCUCCAGUAAUAUGCAAUUUAGUGUGUCCCCAGCAAUAAUGGCUCCCCGGACGGCGCUCUAUACAGCCAACACCAAAGUGGCCUUUUCUGCAAUGAACAGCCUGCCAGUGGCUCCGCUACCCAGCAGCAGCUUCUGUGGGAACAGCAACACUGCCUCGCCCAGCAGUCACCCCUCCGCAGCCUUCCCUAACAUGACAAAUCUGCCCAGUUGCCCCGCUCCCAGUUCCAGCCCCACGCUUUCUGCCCCCGAGAACAAUUUCUAUAAUGGCGGUGGCUCACCGGGGAGCAUCCCAGUGCCGGGCCAGACUCACCACCAUCACCACCACCAUCAGCAGCAGCCUCCCGGGUGCAUGGUGUGCAGCUCCUGCGGCUGCAGCGGGAACUGCGGCUCGAGUGGCCUGACGGUCAGUUAUGCAAACUACUUCCAGCACCCCUUUCCUGGACCGUCCAUGUUUACGUUCCCCUUUCUGCCCUUCAGCCCCCUGUGCAGCAACGGUUACGUCAACACGCAGCAGUACAACAGCAGCUCGGCUUUCCCCAUGGCCCCCUCUCCUUACAAUGGCGGCCUAGCGCCAGACUCUGUCAUGAGCGGGCAGUCGACGUUCGCAGUGCCUCCCAUGCCGAGCUUUAUGGCAGGGACAGCAGGGGUGUAUCAGGCACAGGGGAUGAUGAGUAACAACAGUGGUACGGGCCACAAAAAAAAUGGGCAUCUCUCCUGUUACAACUGUGGAGCCAGCGGUCACAGAGCUCAAGACUGCAAGCAGCCGCCAAUGGACUUCAACAGACAAGGUACAUUUAGGUUAAAAUAUGCUCCACCGGCUGAAAGUCUAGAUUCCACAGACUGACGUUAGCUCCAGAGACUUGUUAUUUUGUGAUGGCAAAAGCCCUGGACUCAUUAGGAAGCUUCAUAUCGGAACCUGAAAAGUCCAUUUGUUGAGCUUAAUGUAUUUUUUUUAAUCCAAAGGUGCUCUACUUCACUACAGUAGGAAGGAGGUGAAGUUUUGUGGUUGAUCCAACCCAUUUUUACUGAUUGCCAAAUUAUAACACGGAUCUUAAUGUUGGGCCUUCCAGAUGGCCGGAGGAAAUGGCCAAUUACUCUUUUCUGUUGUAAAGAAGCUCCUGCACUUUUGCUGAAGAUUGUUGCCAUACUUGGGCCUCCUGGGCUGAAAAAACUCCUGGGCAGCUACGUUGUAAUCUGGAGAGCUACGGUUUGAUGGUACAGUAGCUGUUUGCUGGCUGAACUCGACAUGGCGAGAUUGGUUAAAAAAGUCUACUCUUUCUCAAAACAAAUCAGGCACUACACUCUGGGAUUUUAAAGGAUUGCACUACAGAAGAAUGUAUAAUUCUGUUCUAAAUGUCUGCAUUUUUAGCAGACUUGAUAACGCUGAGAGCAGUGCGGGAGAGACAGAUGUUCCACCGGUUUGAAAAACAGACACCAGCAGGCUCUGUGAACUUCUAAUAAAGAAAUCUUAAUCCUCUACUCUUUCUUCCAAAAGAACAAUGGUGAAAGUGUCAGUUAACUCUGGAAAUGGCUAUGCUGUGCUUGUCAGCACUGAUUACUAAACAGAAGUCUGUUACCAGCAGCGGUUUAAAUGUAGUUUCCAAGGAUCUAAGGCCAGAGCUGAAGAUCAUAAACAGUCUCUCUUCCCGCCCCCCGCCCCCCCUUAACUAACUUUUCAAAUCGUCUUGCCCAUAUCUUAAGUUUCCUUUGCAGGGAACACUACGCUGCCUUAGUAACAAAUGUUAAGCUUUCAGACUUUAACUGCAGUUUGUAAUCUAUUGCUUUACUGAACAUAGCAAAAGUCACCUAGCCUUUCACUAGAAGAUUUAGACGCAGAAGUCAGUGCAGGAAAGAGGCAGCAGCUAUACUGCCAUUGUUCUCAUGAAGGGUUCCCACGCAGCCUCCUUUCUUGAAAUACACUCUAGAGUAUUCGCUUUGAUGUGAGUUAGCGCGUGUGCAUCUCCGCUCACUUUAAACUAGUUUCUGCUGAAGCAAGCCCAGUGCAUGCAGCAGCCUACAAACAAUAUGGACCUUUCUUACAACAGGGAGGAAAAUCUCCGGCACGAAUGCCGCGUGUUGCCAUUUCAAUGAUGGGGUUGAAAUGGCCAUGUCCACACAUCACGUUAAGUAAACUCACGUGGUUGCGGAGAAUGGCUAUUGCUGAUUUGCAAUAGGUGCCAGUGCGUUGGGGUUUGGCUACACCUCCAUUCCGCAGGUACAUGUAAAUGCUCUUUUGCUGUUCCAAGGCAUAGUAGGGGGUCAUAACUCUGGGCACAGCAACAUGGAUGGCCGUAAGUUUGGUUGCAUAGCAGCAAAGUUCUGUAAUGCAGGGGUGAACUCUAGCCUAUUCUUCAGGGCAGCAUGUUUUACCUUGUUGCCUUUAACAAAUAAACAACCUGGUGUAUUCCUUUGCAUAGAGGUAUCUGAUGGGUUUGGUUUUAAAAACAAAUCUCUGGGACAAAGCUUCAUGCAGUUUCUUGGCUUAAUGGAAACCAAAUCCAAAGCUCUAACAUCUGGUUUUUUAGUAGCCCACAAUACAGUUUCAGUCACUUCUAUGCAAUCCACAUCCAGGUGUUGGCUUAAGCGAAAUAUGUCAAAGCAAUUGCUUGCUAUGAAUGACUGAGAGAAUGUGAAAAUGUAUAUGGUAUCUGGGAGAAGUUUUAAAAAUUGUACCACAGGGUGAUGAGAACUGACAGAGCAAUUUACUUUGCCUUAAUAGUAGGAAUGUUUUGCCUCUCUGAUUUGCACCUUUCACUUAAGAGUUAGCCUCUCCAGAAGGCAUGGAAUAUGUGCUGAAAGCCAAAAGUUUCCAUUCGAAAACAAAUUAGCACAUAGAAAAAAAGCCUUCCCCCCCAUGGCAUUUUGUUUCAGGGGCCAAGGUUGGAAAACAUAGUGUAUGAGUCUUCAUCAUGAACUUGACUGGGCAUCUUCAACUGGAAAAACCGGCUAAAGUGUCUUUGAAUAAGUGCUACAGAAAUUAAGUUUUUUUUCCCUUCAACAAAAAUGGCCACUUUCUUAACUACCCUUUUUCAUUUCAUAAGAAAUUGUCUUGGGCAAGUGAAACUACCAUAGGAAAACAUUAAGGAAACUUUGGUCACUCCCAAAAAGUAUUUGUUUGAGCUGUAAAAAGCAAACCUAAGAGCUGUUUUAUUAUUAUUAUUAUUAUUUUUAAAAAACCUAUAAUGGAAGAGCAGUGUACAUCAGACCUGGAGCACCUAAGGAAAAGGAACACUUUUUUGUAAAAAAAACAAACAAAAAAAAAACAAUGUUGUCUGAUAUAAAUCUCUGUGUACUAAGGGAUCCGGGAAGAUGGGACUCAAGCUUCUGUCAUGAAAGAGAUCAAGCAAAAUGCAGUUCUGUCCCAGAUGGAUGAAAUGCAGUUUCUACUUACUAACCUUAAAAUGUGGCAUGGCAAGCGUCACUAAAAGUAGUUCAGAGCCUAUUAAUAGUAGUGAUACAAGUGUACAUGGACGCACUGUGCAACUCCUGCUAGGUCUCGGCUAAGGGGAACCAUCACAAGUCAUCUUCCGGCUGCCAGGUCAGUGUCUAAGGAAGACCUUUCUGAAAUACUCGUCAAGCCCUCCCUGUAUUUCAUGCCAUCUCAGAGCAUACCCACAAACACCACAUGCUGCAGCACUCAUCUCCAAGCCUGACAAUUUGCUGUCAAGCUGCUAAAGGCCUUUAAAAACAACAACGGAACACAAUCGUUAGAUCACACUAAACUGCUUUGCUGGAUGUGGCCAAAGGCAGACGUUAACACUAACUCAGAAUGCUACCAACAUCCAAAUAACGGUCAGUGUCGUAACCAGCCCUUGGGACUAUUUCCACAUAGGAAAUUGUUAUACAUGUAAAAAGAAAAGCUGCACCUCACAGGGCAGGUUAACCUGUUUCUUUUAGGACAGAACUUCCCUCUAGGAAUGAAGGAAACUCCUCAGCCCAUUUUGAGCCAUUUCUUUUUACAUCUAGUAUUAUGAAAAAUGUGCA